CCCACUGCAGACCAGACAGCCACGUCCGCCAUGAAGAUAACAGGGGCCGUUCUGCUCUUCGCUCUGGCACUUUGCUGCUUCUACUCAGAUGCUGCUGGCCAGGCUGGUAAGGGUUUCUGCAGUGAGUACAAGAAGCCUCCGGAAAUGUGCACCUUACAGUACGACCCGGUCUGUGGCACUGAUGGCAAGACAUAUGGAAACAAAUGUGUCUUUUGUGGAGCAGUCUAUGAAAACCUUGGAAGUCUUUGCUUUGAGCAUUAUGGAGAAUGCAAGUGGCACAAUGAGGACAAGGAAAGAGAAGAGCUUUAG